AUGCCUCGGAAGAUCGAACCUCAGCCAUCCCCAAGGCCGAACGGGACCUCGGCGCCAGCGAUGCCAACAAGUCAUAUUAGUGACAGCAUCAGCUUGGGCGCUGUUUCCAGAAUAAUACCUCCGCUGGAGGGCGAAACCAACCUGCAACAUUGGAAAGCGAUGAUCAUCAAAGCAUUGGACCUCCUUCAGCUCAGGAAAUACACAGAAUCUUCGAUACCGUGUCCAUCAAGCAGCGAGGAGCAUGAGCGCUGGCGGUCAGAACGGGGCAUCGUCGCUCUAAUCAUCGAGUCCUCAUUUUCACGCGUCAGAGACAGACUGACCGAUAAUGGCCUUUCAAUAAACGAACCGGAUCCAUUCAUUAUAUUCCAUCAGACCUGCACCAUUUUCGACAAAUACGGUGAAUACGACGGCGCCAGGCUGUACAAGCGGUUGAUGAACAUCCGACGGCCUGACUAUGAGAACAUGAAGUCGUAUUUCCAGGAGAUCCGCCGCCUAAGAAGCCGCAUGAUCGAAAUCGGGCAGUGCGAUGAUGUGUUUAUCAUGGAGCAAAUUUUCAACAGUCUUCAACCUUUCUGCCCAGUGGAUGUCCUUGGCAGACUACAGCACAAGUUCGACAAGGGGGACUUGACAUUUGAUGAGAUGGCAGAAGCAAUAUUGGAAUGGGACAAGAACACCACUUUCAAGCCUGCACCUGCACAUAUACCAGGCUCUCGAAGAGGCAGCCAGGUGGAGCCGAUUCGGAAUUCAGUAUACCGAAGCUUGUCAUUCUGUUCGCUCCGCGAGAACACCACUGCUUGUCUCCUCGACCAGCAGAUCGACGCCGCUUUUUUCAGCCUGUAUUGGCCCCAGUCUGUCACAUAUCACGUGGAAGAUGCAUCGCCUGAUGCCAGCAAUCCCAGUUGCGAUCGUGGAGCCAAAUUACCAAGCACGCUCAGUCAAACAGCAACAGCAACAACAUACAAUGGAGUGCGGCGCAAAGUUCUCGGAAACGCGCAGACACUACUUGGAGACGAGAUUCGAGUUUUGGAUCUCGAAGCAGGCAAGCCUGGGGAUGUCUUAUUUGGAUCCCUGCGGAAAGUGUGCCUCUCAGACUCGAUUGUGUACGAGCCGUUGUCCUAUACUUGGAGGGAUCAUGAUAGUGUCGGGACGUCCAAUGACAAUACGGAUGAUGAUGUGCACCCAGCUUUAUUUCUAUCGGGCACUCGAUGCUUCAUGGAGCUCGGGACCAACUGUGCAAAGGCUUUGAAUCGCGUACGAAAGUCUACAACAGAGCGAACCAUCUGGGUAGACUCAGUUUGUGUCAAUCAGGAUGACCCAGAAGAGAGGUCUCGCCAAGUCGAUUUGAUGCAGCAGAUUUACUCCAGGGCUUUGACAGUGCUAGUAUAUCUUGGCCAAGAGUCAACGGAAGAUGACAGUAGCAUGGCGAUGUCAUUGCUUGGACAGCGCGGUCGAUUUUACCUGAACGAAGACGAGAGCAGGAGUGUCAGCGAUCUUCUUAAAAGACCUUACUUUCGACCUGAUCUUGCGACGAAUGGUUUCGUGUGGGGUGUGCUGAUGCUUGCUACACGCUUGGCUCCCAACAUCUACCCAGGCCUUCCAUCCUGGGUUCCUGACUGGAAGAUGCUUGGCGAUUCAGGGCUUAAAACCCAAGGAGUCUUGAAGGCCAUCAUUUCAAAGGGCCAAAAUCUGGGGCGUGACUCUGUCUUCCGUGUGGCCAGUUCCGGAGUCAUCACUAUACGAGGCGUGCAUCUUGGACCCGUCAUCACUUCAGAAUACAACCCAAAACGAAUAUUUGAGCCCCGUGAUAGCAUUGACUGGCGCCGACGAUUCGAUAUGCCUCUUGGACCCUUUACUUCCGGAUAUAGCCCGGAAUACAUGUUUGCGCCACGCGCUCGCAGGGUCUGGGCCAGGGAAACAAUCAAUGCGUUGUUCAAUGGCGAUUUGGGACCAACAUCGAGAAUGACCUUGACAUACAAGGCGAUCCGGAAAAUUGAAAUCACUGAUCUGAGUAAGGUUGGUCUGUUGGAUGAGUGGCAGAAGCACGCUGGAAUAUGCGGCCAGAUACUGGGAGACGAGUAUUUGCUUCGAAGUCUCAUUAACGAGGUAAACAAUAUGCGUCACAAAGAUUACCGUCAGAUCGAAGAGGCUGCAGGACUGGAUGAAGCACAUUCUUUGAAAUUGGACAGGUUUCUAGGUCUAUUCAUUAGGGAUCCUUUUGAAAAGGAGGCGAUGGUAUGGACUGAUUUACAACUACAUGACGACCAACUUCUCGACGGAGCAGCCGUAUUGCCCCAGCUUAUGCAAUGGGCAGGGGUCACCGACCGUUUGCUGAGGAACCUUUACAUUGAGAGAACUUCUGACUUAUGUUGGCCGAACAUGCCCUUGGACAGUUACCUCUACGACAAAGCAUGCGAGGUGGGCGAGUUCCAGGCUCGGAUAGCAACCGUCAAUAUCGAGAACGAUACAAGCGACGGCCAGGAUCGAGCUUCGAUCUUGCUUGAAAGUAUCUUGCGCCAACUCUCGGACGAAUCCAACACUGAGCUCGAACAAACUCAAGGACCGCGGUCCAGAGAUGAGAGGUACUGGGACUGGAGGAAAUUUGAAACUGUCAUGGAGCAAAGGUUUUCUGUCUUGAAUCAUGUCCAGCCAGACGUAGAGAAGCUACAAGCAUACCUCCGGGAAUCCGAGGUGGUUUUCAAGAGUGCUAUACUCCAUCAAGUACUAACUGCACAUGAGGUUGAUUUAAGCAAGAAGGAAUUCAGUGAAAUACGAAUCAGAUAG